ACGUACGUGCGUGCGUGCGUGUGUCAGCUAGCUGUUAGCUGGAGCUAACAGCAGCUCGGUGAGCCAGACCUCUGAAACAGCUCCACACAGGCUCGGUUUAUGCCAGGAAACAGCUGUCGUUCGUGGCGACAGGGGCUCGCUGCUCAGACUGUAAGCCCGUCACCGUUCAACGCCGAAGAGGAUGACGGGCUGUGAGGAAAACCAUGAUAUGUUAGCCAGCUCCAACAAAACAGCGAAGCACCAGGUGAUCUACUGUUGGACAGCCUUUCUUUGCUAGCUGCAUCCUGAGGAGGAAAGCUCCGAGAUUUUAGAAGGACUGGAUGCGGAAGGAGGAUAUGAGGCAAGCUCAACAGCUAAUGCUAACUAUGAAUGCUGUCUCAGACGUUCAGCGGGACGCCAAAGUGCCAAAAAGUCACGGUCCUGAUCACCCGGCUGGGCUUAGGGUAGAGAAUAGCAGCGUUGGUACACAAAGGGCCCAAGAAUAUGCAAGGACUUUCAACCUCCACUGAGAUCUAUAAAUAUCCCCGACACAGAACUGUUGUCCUUGACAAAGCGGUCUUGGUCACCAUGCUGUCCGCGCUGGAAGUGCCAUCGUAGAGCGAAGACACCGGUGGCUCGGUCGGCUGCACGGUUUUUUUGGAGCUCCAGCCUCGGAGGAAGGAUUCCAGCUUUUUGUCGAACCCUAAACGGCGGAGAUGGGCUCCCAGGCUCUUCAGAUCUUGCGGCAGGGGGUGUGGGCUUCGCUCACGGGAGGCUGGUAUGUGGACCCCCAUCAGAGCACCUUCUCCAACUGCUUCCACCUGUACCUGUGGAUUUUUCUCCUGGCCUUCCCCUUUCUUUUGUAUAUGGCUCUUCCUCCCAGCUUAGUGGUGGCGGGCGUGUACUCCGCCGUGGUGGCCAUCUUUUUUACCGCCAUCAAGGUGGUCAACUACCGCCUUCACGCCAUGUUCGACCUCGGCGAGAUUGUCGAGAAGAAGCAGGCCUCUCUCACAGCCGACGCCCUGAGGACGGAAGAAGGAGACGACGGGUCAGGAGUUCACGACGGGACGCAGCACAGGGACAGUCAUGUUGGCGUGGAGAUGACCGUGUUUCGGAAGGUGAACUCGACUCCUCCGGUCCGCUGCAGCUCCCAGCAUUCUCUGUUUGGCUUGAACCAAGUGUCGGAGUUUUUGCCCCAGCUGGAGGAUGCAGGCGGCUCUAAGGAUUUCAAAGAAUUAACGCAGGGACAGGGAAGCAAUAAUGUUAUUGUGACUUCGGCCCAUCGUGCGAUUCUACGUCAGAGCUCCCAGGAAACACAAAGGGUCCCCAGUGUAGUCCAGUCCUGCAUUUCCGUCUCCCUGGGAGGGGAUUUCCCGGGUCUCAUCGGAGUUCCUGGAGUGUCAGCCGGACCCGAAGAUCCCGGAGGAUGCCUCUCCAUCCCGCCUUCCCCUUUAAGUCAAGAUGAUGGAGGCGAGAAGGAGCAACUGGACGACCUGCCGAAACAGCCGUCUCACCAGAGCCGUGAGGACGACGGGCUGGGAACUUACUCUCCGCUCGGCCCCACUGCUGAAUCAGGGAGCUUAGGAGAGACGCCCCUUAGCCCCCUCAUAAAGAGCAGCUUAAGUGAGGAGCUGAGCGAGAACCUGGUGGGCCUGGGUCUUGACCCCGGAGCGUUCGCCCCGGGAACGGAGCACCCGGGCAGCCGCAGUGGGCUGGCCCUGGCUGCCGGCUCCACAGACAGCUGCUUCAGCGCAGGCGGAGCCACCACGGACCGGGAGACGCUGAGCACCGUCAGCAGUUACCGCUCCGAGAAGACGGACUCCACCCAAUUAGAAAGCCCCUCGUUGAGCCAGUCCCGGCCCGCAGACGGACAGCCGCCGGCUCCGGCGCCGGGGAUGGGCUCCGAUGUCCGGAACAGCACGGAGGAGGCGACCGGACAGGGCGGCAGCGACACCGACAACCUGUCGGACAGCGUGCUGCUUCGCUCGCCUUCCAAAGAGCUGUCCGUCAGCCAGGGGCUGGACCGCACGCUUGUCGAGGAGGAUUUGCCCCCCGCGCACUCCGAUCUCGCACAGCCCCCUCCCCUCCAGAACUCUUCCCCUUCAAGCAGCGGCCAGUCAGAGGUGUGCGACCUGGAGAGGAGAACUCACGGUCCUCCUCUGCCCCCGCCGCGGCAGGCCAAUUCAGUGCCUUCAGGGCUGGCCCUGGGUCUAGUGUGCUCUGAGCCCGCCCUGCCCAUAUCCUCCACCCCGCUCCUGCUGUCCGACCCGCCGGCGCUCCAGGCCCAGCAGGUGGUCCGCCCCAAAGACCUGAAGCUGCUGCGGGCCGGCGGCGGCAGCAUGGGCCACAGGCCGGGCAGGAGGAAAGCUCCGAGGAGGCGGACGGGAGCGGGCAGCAGCAGCUUCGACUGCGGCUCUUACAGGCGUCACCACAAUCACCGGCAGCACAGAGACUACAUCCCGGUGCGCAGCCGGCUGGGGGCCAAGGCCUACAGCGAGAGCCUGUUCGAGGACUCCAGCGACGAGGACGACGGCAGCGACAUGAGCGCCGGCUCCAGCCUGGGCUCCCAGCGCCGCUUCAGCUCCGACGAGGACAACGACAACGACGACGACGACGACUCCAGCUCCUCCACCUCGUGCUACUCCUCCGACCUCGCCAACGCCGACAUCACGUCGCUCCUCUCCACCGCCGCUCAGCUCCCCGCUCCGAGGGAGGGGGACCUGCCGGAAACCUCCGCCCCGUCUCACCCGCGGGCCGCCCAGCGCUCCUCCAGCACAGCGAGCGCCAAGACUCACGCGAGAGUGCUCAGCAUGGACGGGGCGGGGGGAGGCCAGGGCAACGCGGCGCCGACGCCCGCUACGCUGCUCACGAUGCCCUCCACGUCCACCCCGGCCCCUCGCACCCUCACCAUGUCCAAGUCUGAUCUGGAAGCCCGGACUAUACACGGCGACGGCUUCGCUGGAAAUCACCACCAUCGGCUGGAUUCCCUCGGAGGAUCGUGGACGGGCAACCAGAUGGGCUGGAGGGGGGGAGAGCUGCUUGAGGAGGGAGCUGUGGGUGGAGCGCUGGGUCCAGAGGACGGGAGCAAACACGAAUCCAUGACGAGCGUGAAGAGGACCCAGGCAAUACGCCGGAGGCACAACGCCGGGAGCAACCCUACACCCCCACCUUCCACAAUGGGAUCCCCUCCCAGCCUCCAGGACCUUCAGCGGGUUCGAACCUCCUCCCAUUCGCGCACGCGCACACUUCCAUCGGCCUUACAGUUCGCGUCUUCACUCCUGCUCCCCCGCAGCGGCAUCCACGAGGCCUCCACCUUUGACGACACGUCAGAGGGAGCGGUGCAUUAUUUUUAUGAUGAAAGCGGAGUGAAGAGAUCCUACACCUUUGGACCUGCCGGAGGUGGCUACGAGGACCCAGUUCAAGAAAGAGAGAGGCAGUCCCAGUCAUCAAGCUUCACCUCCACCGAGGUUCAGGACGGAGCACCAGUGCUGUCCAUCCUCCAGCCCAGACCCGUGGUUCUACAGGGCAUGCAGGUUCGCAGGGUGCCGCUGGAAAUGCCCGAGUUCGAUCUCGAUCACGAGUCGCUCCAGGAAUCCCAUGAAAACACUCUGAUGAUCGAGGAGAAAGCCAAGCCCAAACAGUACUAUCGGUUUUGGGUGCUGCCUGGAAAGUGGCUGAGGGUUCGAUACGAUCGGCUGGCUCUUCUAGCUCUGUUGGACAGGAACCGGCGUGUGAUAGAGAACAUUUUUUCGGUGAUGUUGGCCAGCCUGGUGGCCUUCCUGGGAUUCCUGCUUCUGCUUCAGGGCUUCUUCAGGGACAUCUGGGUCUUCCAGUUCUGCUUGGUCAUUGCUAGCUGCCAGUACUCUUUACUGAAGAGUGUACAGCCAGACGCUGCCUCCCCCAUGCAUGGCCAUAACUGGAUCAUCGUGUACAGUCGGCCAGUUUACUUCUGCUUGUGUUGUGCGAUGAUCUGGAUAUUUGACCUGUCUGGGCGCGCUGGCAGCCUGCAGCCGUUCUCCCUUUACGGCGUCACCUUCUUCUCCGCACACUUCCUGCUGUGUGCCAGGGACAUGCUUAUCGUUUUUGCCUUGUGUUUCCCGGUCAUUUUCCUGUUUGGGUUGCUACCUCAGGUUAAUACAUUUGUGAUGUGUCUGCUGGAGCAAAUCGACAUGCACGUCUUUGGUGGAACCGCCACCACCAGUCCGCUCUCGUCUCUGUUCAGCCUCAUACGCAGCAUAGCGGUGGCUGCGCUGCUCUACGGGUUUUGCCUCGGCGCCAUUAAUGCGCCGUGGGGGGACGCCCAUGUGCCGGUGCUGUUCUCCGUGUUUUGCGGUCUACUCUUGGCCUUGUCUUACCACCUCAGCCGCCAGAGCAGUGACCCAACCAUUCUGUGGUCGCUGGUCCGGUCCAAAUUGUUCCCAGAACUGGAGAACAGAACACCAGAAGAACCCCCGGUAGAAAUCAAAGAUCCUCUCCCCGAGAAGCUGCGCAACUCUGUGAGCGAGAUUCUUCAUUCGGACCUGGUCAUGUGUCCGCUCAUGGCCGUGAUUACCUUCGCCAUCAGUGCCAGCACCGUCUUCAUCGCCCUUCAGCCGGCGCUCAGCUUCGUUCUGUACAUCCUGGCCGGCGUCAUCGGGUUCAUCACACACUAUCUCCUGCCUCAGCUCCGCAAACAGCUGCCGUGGUUCUGCCUGGCGCACCCUGUGCUCCGAUCCAGAGAGUACAGUCAGUUUGAGGUCCGAGAUGCCGCUCAGCUGAUGUGGUUUGAGAAGUUGUACGCGUGGCUUCAGUGCGUGGAGAAAUACUUCAUCUACCCGGCCGUGGUGCUGAACUCCCUAACCACGGAGGCUCGAACGGUCGGCCAGAAUCACAAAGAGCUGGACAUCUACCGAGCUCUCUUCAUCUCAGUCGCUGGCAUGAAGCUGCUGCGUUCCUCCUUCUGCACGCCGUCGCAGCAGUACGUCACGCUCUGCUUCACCACGCUCUUCUUUCACUGCGACUACCCGCACUUCUCCGAGACCUUCCUGAUCGACUACUACUUCAUGUCCAUCAUCUUCAGCAAGAUGUGGGACCUGCUGUACAAGCUACGCUUCGUUCUGACGUACAUAGCGCCGUGGCAGAUCACCUGGGGAUCCGCCUUUCACGCUUUUGCCCAACCGUUUGCCGUUCCUCACUCCGCCGUGCUUUUCGUCCAGGCGGUCUUCUCCGCCGUCUUUUCCACCCCCCUCAACCCGGUUCUAGGCAGCGCCGUGUUCGUCACCUCCUACACGAGACCCGUGAAGUUCUGGGAGCGAGACUACAACACCAAACGGGUCGACCAUUCGAACACCAGGCUGGCCACUCAGUUGGACCGCAACCCAGGCGCCGACGACAACAACUUGAACUCGAUCUUCUACGAGCACCUGACGCGCUCCCUGCAGCACAGCCUGUGCGGAGACCUGCUGCUGGGCCGCUGGGGGAACUACAGCACGGGCGACUGCUUCAUCCUCGCCUCAGACUACCUCAACGCUCUGGUGCACAUCAUCGAGAUCGGCAACGGCCUCGUCACCUUCCAGCUCAGGGGUCUGGAGUUUAGAGGUACCUACUGUCAGCAGAGGGAGGUAGAGGCCAUCACAGAGGGGGUGGAGGAGGACGAGGGCUGCUGCUGCUGCGAGCCAGGUCACCUGCCGCACAUGCUGUCCUUCAACGCCGCGUUCGGACAGCGCUGGCUGGCCUGGGAGGUGGCGGCCACCAAAUACGUGCUAGAGGGCUACAGCAUCAGCGACAACAACGCCGCCUCCAUGUUGCAGGUUUUUGACCUGCGGAAGAUUCUCAUCACCUACUACGUCAAGAGCAUCAUCUACUAUGUGAGCCGGUCCCCUAAGCUUGAGGAGUGGCUGACCAACGAGGCGAUCCAGGAGGCACUGCGACCGUGCCUCGGGCCCAACUACGUGGACAGCGACCCCACCUUCAACUUGAACAUCGACGAGGACUACGAUCACCGAGCCUCCGGCAUCACCCCCUCCUCGUUUAGCCUGGUUUACCUUGACUGGAUUCAGUACUGCAACAGCAGGCGUCAAGCGCCUGUAACUUGUGAAAGAGAUUCACCUCUGGUCAACCUCUGUUUUGGCCUGUGUAUCCUGGGAAGAAGAGCUCUGGGAACGGCAUCCCAUAGCAUGUCUGCAAGCUUGGAGCCCUUCCUCUACGGCCUCCACGCUCUCUUCAAAGGAGACUUCCGCAUCACGUCGCCCAGGGACGAAUGGGUGUUUGCAGAUAUGGACCUACUGAACCGAGUCGUGGCGCCAGGAGUUCGAAUGUCACUGAAACUGCACCAGGACCAUUUUACGUCCCCGGACGAGUACGAGGAUCCGACGGUUCUCUACGACGCCAUCACUGCCAACGAAGAGAAGAUGCUGAUUUCCCACGAAGGCGACCCGGUGUGGCGCAGCGCCAUCCUGGCAAACAUGCCCUCGCUGCUGGCGCUGCGCCACAUCAUGGACGACGGCAGCGACGAGUACAAGAUCAUCAUGCUCAACAAGAGGUUCCUCAGCUUCAGAGUCAUCAAGGUGAACAGGGAGUGCGUGCGCGGGCUGUGGGCGGGCCAGCAGCAGGAGCUGGUCUUCCUGCGCAACCGCAACCCAGAGCGAGGAAGCAUCCAGAACGCCAAGCAGGCGCUGAGGAACAUGAUCAACUCGUCGUGCGACCAGCCCAUCGGGUACCCCAUAUACGUGUCCCCCCUCACCACCUCGUACGCGGGGGGCCACUGCCAGCUGCGGUCGGUGUGGGGCGGCCCCGUCAGUCCACACAACAUCUACACCUGGCUCAUCAGUAGCUGGGACCGGUUGCAGAAAGGCUGCGGUGCCGGCUGCAACAGCGGUGGAAACAUCGAGGACUCCGACUGCGGAGGAGGCUCCACCUCCAUCUCAACUAACCCGGCCAUUCACACCACCCAGAGUACUCCAGCCUCCAGCCUUCCCCAGCCGCACAUCACAGCCCUCCAGCCCUCCAUGGGUACAGACAACCCUUUAGGCCCCACCCAGGGCUGGCCGCACCACCCUCAGCCUCUCCCCCUGGCUCUGCUCAGUCAGUCGGAGGGCAGGAUGGAGGCCGGCCUGCUCACCUCUCUGCAGCGGACCUCCUCCAUCCAGGGGCUCCUGGGCCAGCAGCUCUCCAGCUCCCAGCUGUCCUUCAGCAGCUCCAUGGUGCCUCCGCCGGUGCCGGCGCCGGAGCGCUUCUGCCCGGCGACGCUGCUGGAGAACUCGGGGCACAGAGCGGGCCAGCGGAGCGGCCUGCACUACGAGAGCCACGUCGGCAAGUGGAGCUUCUCCGCCAGGAAGGGCUUCAGCGGACCGGCCGCCGUGGAGAUGGAAGGAGGGCCGCUACAGAUCGUACGCACACAGCCUCCUCCUCCUCCUGCGCCGCCACAAGCAGCCGGUGUGACACACGACCCCCUUGGAGCCACCCAGACGUCGGAGCCGGCCCCGUCGGCCUCGGGGGACGCUCCCCCUCCAAAAGAGGAAUCCACCGAGCUGCCUUUACUCGAUCACCUGCGUUGACUUUGCACCGGUGACAUUUUCUAUGAUGAAAGCACACCGCGGGGGGGGGGGGGGGGGGGCGACGCCGCCCCACCCCGACCAGACUCAUUCCAGCUUCGGGACUCAUUCCAUCCACUCUUGCUGAGAUAGUUUCAGGGCGGCCGUGAACGGGAACCCCCCUCCCACACCCCCCCACACACAGACCCCCCCCCCCCGGCUGAAUCCCAGAGCGGCUCAGCGUGCGACGGCUCGCCCAGUGAAGCUGGUCAGCCGGUUCGCUCAGAGAUCUGAUGGUCCGCUCACUUUUUUUUUCUGUCUCUAUGGACAGCCGUCAGGUUGUAACAGAAGUGACAGGCCAGAAAGGCCAGUGCAAUUAAAAAGGGAUAUUUUGCUUCAGGAGUGUUUAUUUUUCUAUACCGGAGAAAAGAAUAUAGCCUCUGAGCGUCUUUUACUUGACAGAUGCAGUGGCAGUGUUUUUUUUUUUUUUUUUUUUUUUAUCAUUUAAAAGAGAUCAGUAUGUUACUGUACAAGCAAAGCAAAGGACGUGUGGAAACCAU